UUUAGACCCACUCGCCGCAGAGUUUUAGUUAUUGUUGUUGUUAUUGUAGUGCCAGUUGCUGGUUGCUGGUUGCUGCUUUUGCCAUUUCAAGCAUCUUUGGCCUGUCAUGCGAGUAACUCUAGAACGUUAGAACAUUCAACGUUAGAACGUUCAACGUUGAGCGCUGACAACGGGGACACAACAAUGGUAAAAUGUAUUUUUUAAUUGUACUCCCGAGUAAAAACAUAUAUCAACCAAAACAUAGCAGCAGCAUAGCAAUAACAACAAUAACAAAAACAAAAACAAAACAAGAACCAUGAACUCUCCAAACUCUCGACUCUCAAGCGGAAAUGGCAGGCCAGCAACAACAACAACAACAACAACAGCAACAACAACAAGAAGACCAGCAAUAAUAAUAACAAGUACAUCUAGCGAUGGCAAUGGCAGCUCCCGACCAGCUUCAGAAUCUGAUGCUACACUGAGGGGAAAAGUUAGGUGCUCAGAUUAGAAAACAAAAAACCAGAAGGUUGUAAAAUUCCAGAUUCCAGACACAAGAUUCCCUGGACAGUUGUAAACCGUAUCUAUAAAUAUGGGACAACAAUUACAUUCUUGUUGAAAACAAAAUCAUUUUUUUAUUCAAUAUUCUCUUUUGUAUUUGAUAUUUCUCUAAUUAUUUCCAAAUCAUAUUAUACAAAAAAUCAAAAUUAAAUCGCAUUUUUCUAAUUAUUUCCCCCGAGUAAUCAAAAUGAGAAUAACAACGAAAAUACUUCAAUAUUUUAAUAAUGACAAUGAGAUACAUGUCAUAUGCAUUACAUUGUAAAAAUCCUCUGGAUUCAUUCUAAAUGAAUAUUUUCGGCUGUUCGCUGUGAAAAAGUUUUGGUAAAAAUAAUUACGUCCCAUGAGCAAUGAGCAAAAUAGAACAAACAUCACAUCAAUCAUGUGAGUCAGAUAAAUGUCAUGUGCAUUUUUUGGCAGACCCCCCUAGAUAUUUCCAAGCCGUCAGAGCAGGAGGACUUUUUUUCUCCCUGUGCAGCUCCCCGCAAAUGUGAGCUUGGGGACGGGGGCUUCGUCACGGGGCAGAGGCAGCCUCAAGUGGCGCUUAAUGAAAGCGCAACAGACAACGGGAGGACCACAGGAACACGACCGCACGACAACUGAGCGGGACAGAUGGCAUCGAGGUGGAGGAGGAAGGAUCUGGGGACAGAUACUCACAAACAGGGACGAGGCAGGACAACUAAAUAGGCGAACCGCAAAAACUCAUCGUCAAGGAGCGAAAGAUAUGGCCAGGGAAAAUAGAAGGGGAUGGGAGCGGAGUGGAGGAGGAAAAAUAGAUGACUGGGAAUCCAACUAUGCAGCAAUAAUAAAAUUCACGAGAAUCGAGAUGAAAGCACCGAGCGGAGGCCAGAGGAGCUACAGCCAAUGCUGGAUCCGUAUUCCGGGAAAACUGGAGAGUGGGAAGGCGGAAGAGUGGGGAAAGCGGGAAAGGAGCCGCUCGAAUUGUGGCUGGGGCUGUCACUUAACGCGUGACAUGUGUCAAAACAAGCGGCAACCGCAGCGCGACCGUGACCAGAGCCUCCGAGUCUCCCAAGCUCUGGGGCUCCGGAGCUUCGGAGCUUCGGAGUGCCUGCUGCACUUGUGCAGUUCCGUGUCCUGGGAGUGCUGUUAAUAUCCUCCCGCAGGAGGAGUGAAAUGGAUUUCGGGUGGACGACCAUUCACUAAUUCGGGGCGGAGGCAAUCAGAAAGGAGAGUUUCCCGAGCGGAAGGAACGCAAACCAGAAGGAGAUUGACUUUAAGCUAAGACCACAGACCACUGCAAUGCCAAAGGGCUUUAAACCAAGACCAAAAUAAAAGGCGACUUCUUAAAUACUUUCUUUAGUUUUAAACAUUUUUACAAAGAAGGUAAAAUGCUUGGAGAAC